UCGGGAGUCCCGAGUCUGGCUCGGCUCCGGCUGGAUCGGCGCCGACUCGGCAGUGAGCCACUUGCUUGCCUGGGGUUGACCCGAUGUACCGGGAAAUCCGCCAGGGAGCGAGGCAGGCAGGCGAUCACACUAAAUUACUAUCUGACGACUCCAGUUCAGUGUUGCCGACUCGUCUACCCUGCACGCGCAAUACAGUACUGCAGUGCGGUCGCGGACGAUAGGGAAACUUUUCCUAAGAAAGAAGCUACGUAGUUGUGGCUGCGACCUCGACUUGUUACAGUGCAAAAGUGUUGUGGUCCCUAAGUGAGUGUCCCCGUGACCGGAAGGAACAGCAAGAGUUGAGGGUUAGCUUCAGCAUGGCAGCCCCCGAGGACAAUGACGUCUUCCCAAACCUUGAAGGAGACGAUGGAAACGACGAUGAUUGGGAGAGUUACUACUCUUCUGAAGACGGUUCGUCCAGUUCCAGUGAUGAGGUCGCGGAGGAGGACAUGUCGCUGCAGACCUCCUGUUCGACGAGGAUGGACGCGUUCCCCGACGAGUUGCUGCUCGAGGUGCUGGGCCGCAUCGACGACCCCCUGACGCUCCUGGACGUUGUCCCGCUGGUCUGCAAGCGCUGGCACCGCCUGUCCCGGGACCCCGGCGCCUGGAACAGCGCCACGGUGUCGAUCGUAGGCUGCUCGUACUUCGACGACGGCGACAUUGGAGAUGAGCAUGAGAACCACGACAAGAUUCUGAACGCAGCGCGCGUCCUCCUCCACGCGCCUGCACUGCGUCGCGUCAGCUUCGGCUGGUACACCAAUUCCCCGGGCCCCUUCUCGUGCCCCUACGACGAAGAGACCAUGACGUCUGCCCUGCUGCGCUCACGAGCUGAGGUCCGCGAGAUCGAGUUCCCGCAGCCCGAAAUUCUCGAGGGCAGUGGCGGUUUGGGGUACCCCGACGACCCUCUAGAGGACAUGAGUCCGGAAGAUCUCUCCCUACUUGCCGAUUUCUUGUGGAGGAACAGAAGCCACGUCCGGUAUCUGAAGCUGGGUCACAUGCUGCGGGCGGGAACGCCGCUGCUGUGCGCCUUGGGGCAGUGCGAGAACCUGGAGGAGCUGCACCUCAUGCUGCCUGUCCCCGAUUACUUCCGCCGGUACCUGGGUCAGCUGGGAGGACGACGGCUGCCGAAGCUCAGACGCCUCACGCUUGACUCCUGGUACAAUGUGGACGGCUACCGCGCGUUCCUUGAAGACCUCGUCGGCUGCGUGGCCCAGUCUGUGCGCCACAUCCACUGCGAGGAAUCGUGCGAGUCAUCCGAGGACGUACUCUCCCAGCUGUCCCGGUGCGUGGAGCUUCGGAGCCUGCAUUGCGGUAUGGAGGGGGUGGCCUCGGUCAGGACGCUGACCAAGCUACGCAGCCUGACGCUGGUGAUUCACUACAGCGACAAGGACCAGCAGCGAGUGUUGUCCGCCGCAGAGCGCGCCCUGCGCGCGUGCGGCGAGCUGCAGGCCCUGCAAGAGCUGCGUCUGGAUGGCGGUUAUGACUACCGUAGAAAUAAGUGGAGCGCAGAGCACGGCCAGGCCCUGGCCACGCUCCUGGCCACCCUCGCCACCAAGGCCACCAACGUGAGGCACCUUUCCACCAGCGGCAUGCUGAACCGGCAGCUAUGCUGGUCCGGGACUAUGCUGGGCUUUUUCAAGGCCCUGCCCCGGCUAGAGUCCUUGCACAUCGGCCGCUUCCGGUUUGACUGCCUCCCUGACUUGGCGGAGGUCGCCGGCUUGAAGAGGGUUUCGGGGCAAGUGACGUAUCAGAAGGGCGAGGCGGACUUCUGCCGUGCCACCCUAGAGCAGUUCAAGCGCGCGCGGCCUGAGGUGGAUUGCCAGCUCACCGAGCACGAGUCUCUCUAUUGAGGUCAGGCAUUGACUUUCACAAGAAGAUUGUCCUUUUUUUUGCUACAUUCUAAUUUACGGCAUUUUACAGUGCUGUUCUGGUUAGUUGAAGUGACCCUUAAAAAAUAAAUGUGAUUUGUAUUAUC